UUUACUCGACAAGCGUACGAACGAAGAAGCAAGUACUGAACAGCUUCUCGCUCCUCUUCAGCGAGAACAAGGGAUAUUUCUCCUAGCCACACAGAUUCUCACACGCCUUCCCCUGCUAUAAGUCUAGAACUCUUCCGUCAUUUCAAACUGCCUCAAAAGACACAAAUCCUCACUUCAUUAUAAGCCGUGAAUGUUGGCAACAGAGUGUGAGCAUCAGCAGUGGUAGAGAGAGUUAUUUUUCAUGCCAGAAUCUUAACUGCACAAUCUCAUAUGUUCGAGGAAGAAGAACAACAUGCGAAGGUUCAAUGAAGAACAAACCAAGUCGCUGGAAAUUAUGUUCGAAGCAGAGUCGAGACCAGAGGCUCAAGUAAAACAGCAGCUGGCUGACGAGCUUGGACUGCGGCCUCGCCAGGUUGCUAUAUGGUUCCAGAAUCGGAGAGCUAGAUUGAAAACUAGGCAGAUUGAGCGAGAAUACUGCAUAUUAAAAGCAAGUUAUGACAAUCUGGCUUCCAGUUUUGAGUCUCGAAAAAGAGAGAAUCAUCAACUCCUGAUUCAGUUGCAGAAACUGAAAAGCCUUUUGGGUAAGCAGCAUGGGAACGAAAAAGGAAGUUGCAGUGCUGGCGAAUCAGAGAAAGGAGAUCCUAUAUUUGAAGCAAAAGAUAAACCCAGCAUGAGCAUUCUACCGGAAGGUGACGACCAGAAAACAAACAUGCUUCCUGGGGCUGGGGAUACUAACUGCAGGCAUGCUCAGUGCUCUGAGGAAGAAACUGGGAUUCUAAAGACAGCACAACCAAUAGAUCAUGGUUCCCAAACAUCAUCAGAUGAUUGGUGCAAUUGUUUUCCAGAUGAUUCAAGUGGGAAUUCAGAGUGGUGGGAGUUAUGGACUUGAUCAAUUGCACACCCAUUACAAUUAGCAUGGAAGUGCAUGUAUGACAAUAAAUGUUAGUGUUGCUGCUCCAGGAUCUUAAUAGUUCUCAGUACUGUAACUGUUGCUGCUCCA